UAAUUUGGUUCUUCAAAAAAACUCAACAAUGGGAAAAUUUGGUUGCAACUAUAUAGCACUGACCAUCAUCUUUCUUGUGCUGCCACCUUGUUUCUUUGCAUCAGCAUCAACAAGAACUGAAGCCGAAGCUCUUCUCCAAUGGAAGAGCAGCUUGUUGAUGUCUUCUUCAUUCAAUUCAUGGUCACUAUCCAAUCUAAGAAGCCUUUGUAAUUGGAGGGGCAUUGUUUGCAAUGGUGAUGGAGCUGCUGUUUCUGAGAUCAAUCUUCCUUAUGCUCGUCUCUCUGGUACUCUUCACCACCUCGAUUUUACUUCUUUUCCGAGCCUCACUGGUUUCGACAUAAGUGGAAACUACUUCAAUGGAUCUAUCCCUCCUGCCAUCGGCGAUUUGCCCGACUUGGUCUUCUUGGACUUGAGCUACAAUAGGUUUGAUGGAAGCAUACCGCCACAGAUUGGGAAGUUGAGGGAGCUUCAGUACCUCAACUUUUCCUGCAACAAUUUCAGUGGAGUUUUUCCUCAUCAGAUUGGCAAUCUUCAAAAGUCGGCAGAAACCAGAGGGCCACCGGUCAGAGGUGGCGUCACUAUCGAGCAGAGAGGAUCGCCGGGCAGAGGCGGCGUUGCUGUCCAUCAGAAACCAGAGGGCCGAGGCGGCGUCGGCAGAUCAGGAGAGGCGGAAGCAGUCGGAAGAUCAAGAUCGGCGUCGGCGGCGUCGGCAUAUCGUGGACUCUCGGCGGAGGCUGUGUCGGCGUUGUGGACUCGCGGCGGAGGCGGAUGCGGAGGCGGCGGAGCGAGUUGCAAACAGUUGGCAGCGAGCAGAGGAGGAAGAAGAAAUCAAGGGUAAAAUAGUCUUCACAAUUCAAUUUUUCUCCCCAAAAGCACUGGAAAACAAAAUACCAGGGUGUAGCUCGGAUUUUGUUUUCCUCCAAAAUGAAGAAUUGUAGUUGCAAUGGAAAACAAGUUCUGAUGAACCAAACAUCAGAAAUUUGCAAUUUUGGAACCUACUUCCCGUGGAAGUGCACUUCCUACCAACCAAACAUGGCCUUAAUAUCAAGUAUUCUGUAGUGAAGUGAAUAAAUUAAGACAUUAGUUAGUAGCGAAUGUAUAAUUUUAUUUCUAUGUUUUUAUAGCAGACAACCCCAUAUUUUAGUGACAGAAUAAUUGACUCAA